AUGGGCGAGAGAAAAGGAACAAAUAAAUACUAUCCUCCCGAUUUUGAUCCUAAUCGUCACAAGAAUCUCAACUCAUACCAUGGAACACAUGCUCUUCGUCAACGUGGCAGAAAGGCAGACCAAGGCGUUAUCACUAUUAGAUUUGAAAUGCCUUUCAAUUGCUGGUGUCUCACUUGUAAAAAUCCUAUCGGCAUGGGUGUCAGAUAUAAUGCAGAGAAGAAAAAAGUGGGGUCAUACCACUCAACUCCUAUCUACCAAUUCUCUAUGCCUUGUCAUCUCUGUGCUGGUACAAUUAUAAUGCAGACGGAUCCGAAAAACUUCCAGUAUAUUAUUCUGGAGGGUGCGAGGCGCAAGGUACAAAAGUGGGAUCCGGAAGAAAAUGAACAAGUCCUUAUUGCAGAUCACUCUGAGAAGAAGCAGCUUGCCACAGAUGCGAUGUAUCACUUGGAACACAAUGUGUCUGACAAGAGGAAAGCGAAUGAAAUAAUACCAGCAAUAGAAGAAAUCCAGAUUAAUCGUUUGGUUCAUGAAGAUGACUUUACUUUGAAUCAGAUGGCUCGUAAAAAGUUUCGUGAAACUAAGAAGCAAUCUGAAGAAAAAUUGGUCAGAGAUAACUCGCUCUUAGAUCGCUUAUCGUUAACUGGGUCUCAGGUUGAACUUCUUCCAGAAACUGAAGAUGACUCAACCAUGGCAAAAGUUAUAUUGCUCACACAUUCUAAACGUAAUAUGACUUCAAAUCCUUUGAAUCCUAUGUCCCUGAUUCGUAAUAGAAACUCACAUGUGCCAGCCUGGAAGGCCAAACAUUCAUCAAAGGCUGCUAAUGUCAAACAGUCAUCUAUAUCAACGCUGAAUAAAACUCGACGGAUAUCAACGGAUUCGGAUAUCCGUCGUCCUUGCAAAAGUACAAAACUAGUUGUUAAGUAUGGAGACUCCGGAAUUAAACAAAAUGGAUCUUUUCCAACUAGCAGUCGUUUUUGUAAUCACAUGACUGACAGUCCAGUCGAACUUGUGACCUAUGAAAGCAGCGAUGACUCCCGCAGCAAUAUUGACGUUUAA